AUGACUACAUCAGCGAUGGAUCCUCCGCCGCAAAAACCUACCCGUGAUCCAGACCCUGAACCAAACAAAACAUCGAAUUCAGAGAGCAAGGAAUUCUCCGCCGUAUCGGAAGUCUCUUCGAUGAACCCUCCGCCUCCCAGGAACCCUUACACACCUAUUCGAGUCGACGGAAUAAUUCAGUACAAGAGAAGUGGAGUUGCCUAUCUAUUCGAUCUUGGAAGCACUCAUGGAACGAUAGUUAACAAGAACAAGGUGGACAAAAGGGUUUUUGUGGAUUUGCAUGUUGGUGAUGUUAUUCGCUUUGGAUAUGAUGUUUCCCUGGAUAUAAACACACGAGGGCCCAGUAAUCUCAUGGGAUUCGCCAAGAAAUUCAAGAAACUGAAGUUUUUCUUGCAAGUGUCCACAGCUUAUGUGAAUGGACGAAGGCAAGGAAGGAUCAUGGAGAAGCCAUUCACAAUGGGAGAUUGUAUAGCAACUGAGAACUUCCUUGAAGAAAAAGAGAAAAGCAUUAGACGUGAGGAAUCUGAGUCGACUUGUCCAGCUCUGGCCUUAUAUUGGAAUUUUCCGCAAUUUCCAUGUGACUCUGUUGAUAAGCUGAGAGACUGUGUUGAUGUUCCUGGUGGAGUCGCACUGCUGUUCGUGGUGAAAAAUGACGUAUGUUGGAAACAUCCAUACUCAGGUGACGGAACCUCUGCUUCAAGAGGUUUGUGCUAG